AUGGCUCUUAUCCUUGUCUGGGGUCUUUUAUGCAUAUCAAUCUUUGUGGCUGCUCACGAUCAAUGUUCCCUUCUUUGUGCCUCAGGAGUUUGUUGUGAUGGCGCCAAUGGACUCCAGCAAUGUUGUCCAAUUUCGGGUGGCAUCUGUUGUGAAUCCGGCACUACUUGCUGUCCACGAGGCACAGUUUGUAACUCUGAUGGUUCUUGCACACGGCUAGAUUCUGGUUUCUUUGGAUUAAUGGGCUUUUUCACUCCGUCCCCAGCGAUAUCUCAGCUUCCUACCGAAAAUCCCACCGUAACACCGGCGACAAAGGUCAGCUCUAACUUGGAUUCCUGUCCUAGUGUCUGUGGAAGUCUCUGUUGUCCCUUUGUCGAUAGUGUCUGUUGUAAGGAUGGAAAGCACUGUUGUCCAUCUGGCUAUCAGUGCGAUGCCUCAACCAAGUCUUGUCGUCUUUUGCUUCACAGCAGCCACGCCUCCUCAGGUGGUCGAGACUGCUCUCUCACUGACUCGGGGUGUCGCAACACCGAAACAUGCUGUAUUAUGUUCGAUGGUAGCAGAGGCUGUUGUCCCUAUGAGGAAGCGGAUUGUUGCUCUGACGGCUACCACUGUUGUCCAAGAGGCACGCGAUGCAACAGUGGAUCGGAUGGAUGCGUGCCCAAGUCGGGUGCGUGGGUGAAUCCUUUCGAGCCCUCCGAUCGCCUAAUCGGUAGAAAGAGUGUCAAGUGUCCAGAUGGGAAGUCUGCCUGUCAUAAAGGCUCCACGUGUUGCAAUACUGGCGGACCUAAUGCUGCCUCCGCGUGCUGUCCACUGGAGAAUAACCCCUAUGUGGUUUUCUGUGUUAAGCCGCAAAGACAUUUUAGUACUUUCAUACCAGUUAGCAAAUUGGAAGGUAAUAUCAAGCUUGACUUAUAUGUCACUAAUCGACUGCUUGGUUUGAUUGUUUCCGGUCUACUAGCUUUAACUGAGAAAGUUGUGGAACGGGAAUACUUCUUCACACACUCCUCUUUCCAGGCCAUUUGUUGUGAAGAUGGAGAGCACUGCUGUCCUCAGGGCUACGUCUGCGACUCUAGAAACGGUGGUUCUUGUAUCUUGAAAUCUAAUACUUCACUUGCCACCAUUGUUUCCGAAGCGGUUUUUAAGCAUUCUCCUGGAGAAAUGGUGAUAUGCGAUGAUGGAAGUUACUGUGAGGGUCCCAAUGUAACCUGCUGCAAGUUUUCUGAUGGUUCUUGGGGCUGUUGUCCGUUCUCGAAUGCCAUUUGUUGCUUGGAUCACGUGCACUGCUGUCCCAAUGGCUAUUCCUGUUCAUUCAAUCAGUGCAUCAAGUCUGGCUCUAACGGCAAUUUCUUGACGCCUUGGAGGUACAAACAACCGGCAAAGAAGGCCAAUUCCGACAGCAACACGUGUGAAGAUGGCACCACCAUAUGUCCGAGCGAUAUGACUUGUUGCCUGACCGAUGACAACUCUUACGGAUGCUGUCCGUUUCCCAAUGCCGUGUGUUGUUUGGAUCGUGAGCAUUGUUGUCCGUCCGGUUAUACAUGCGAUGUGGCCAACAGUGCCUGUGUUCCCAACGGCGACUCCUCAUCGGCUAUCCCAAUGAGCUCAAAAGUCCUACCGGCCUCGAGUGGCACGCAUGCUGAGACGUGCGCUUCAAACUCAACACCUUGUUCCACCGAUGGCAAGGUCGCUUGCUGUUCUCUCACAAAUCGCUUUCUUUUGAAAAUGUCCGUCCAAAUAGGCUCCAGCACUAAUGCUAGCUCGGAAAAUGCCAAUGGCGAGGCUGGGCUGUCUGCUGCUCGGACGGAUUGCACUGCUGUCCGAAGGGCUUCGUCUGCGCCGUCAAUGGUUGGUGUACCAAGGAGGGGGAUAGAAAUUUGCUUGACGGCUUUGUCCGAGCACCGCGUCUCCUGCCUCCGCACUGAGUUCAGCCAACUUCCCUUGGGUCGGUUGGCUAAUAUUUACAUUUCCUCCUACACACAGCGCAUCUCUGAGAUUCGCGAGGACACUGUCCAAUUCAGCCUGCGUGAGUCAACUGAAUUGCAAUUUUGUCUUUGUAAUUACAAAUCAAAUCGACUGCAUUGUCCAUUCUAUGCAUAUCAAAAUUUAGGAAACCAGACUCUUAGUUAUGGAUAA